CAGAGAAGAAUGUAUUAUGAAUUGGCUUGAUAAGCAGCCUUCGGGUUCUGUAGUGCUUGUGGCGUUUGGAAGCUUAGGGAGGUUGUGUGCAGAGCAGAUCAGUGAGCUAGCGUGGGGACUGGAGCUGAGUCAGCAGCGGUUUCUAUGGGUGGCGCGUGCUGAAGAAGAGAAGGAUCUUCCCGAAGGGUUUGCUGAGAGGACACGUGGGACGGGGAUGGUGGUGGAUUCAUGGGUCCCGCAGGUGAGGGUGUUAGGGCACGUGUCAACGGGGGCGUUCUUGUCGCACUGCGGGUGGAACUCGGUGAUGGAGAGUGUGUGCAACGGGGUGCCAUUGAUUGCAUGGCCACUUCACGCUGACCAGAUGAUGAAUGCCACGAUGAUAGCUGAGGAGAUUGGGGUGGCUAUGAAGGUGAAGGUGUUUGGGAGGGAGGAGAUAGGGAGAGUGGUGAGGGGUGUAAUGGAGGGUGAAGAAGGGAAGACGGUGAAAGAGAGAGUCAAAGAGGUCAAAGAGAGUGCGUUAAAAUCGUUGGCCAAAGGUGGGUCAAGUUAUGAGACACUUGAUUCUCUUAUGCUUCAAUGCCGGAAACAAAUCACAUGACACAUUCAAUAUGAUGCAUCUAUCGAUUAA